CUCUCUCUCUUGUAUCCAAUUCGCUUCUGUUGGCCUCAAUCUCUCUCCGUUUCGUCAUUUUUCCCUCUCUUUUCCCGUCAAUAGUCUGAUUUUCCAGGAAAAUAUCGAACUGGCCUGCGGCCAUCGACGACCUUUUCUCUUUCCCUUUGAUUUGCGCCACUCGAAAUCCCCUCCUCUGCGAACCCAGAAGCGCCAACAACAAUCGCGAAUGACCCGGCAAUUCCUCUUCCACCCGCAGCUCGCCAACCGGAGGCAACCGCUGCUGCCGAACCCUAGCGGGGAGGCGAACGAAUCGACGGCCGCGGCGGCGAAGACGACGACGACGACGAGGACGAGGGGGCGGGCCCGCCUGGCGGAGGCGGCGGGGGGGACGGCCGCGGACUGCGCGGCUCUGUGCUGCUGCUGCCCGUGCACCGUCGUGAACCUCCUCGCGCUGGCCGUCUACAGGGUCCCCGCGGGGCUCUGCCGCCGGGUGAGGCGGAGGCGGCAGCGCUCCGCGGCGGCGAAGCGGAAGAAGAAGGGGGUGCUCCUGGCCCAGAGGCCCAACAGCUUCGCGGCCGGCUCGACGGGCGCGGCGGAUCUGUUGAAGGCGGAGGACGACGGACUCGACGCGGGCGGGAGCGACAGCGACGGCGACGACGAUGCCGUGGGUGAUCUGGAGAAGGAGAUGUGGGACCGGUUCCACGGGGCCGGCUUCUGGAGGAGCCCCUCGACGAGGGACACGUAAGCGGGGCCAUUCUCGGGCCGGGCUUGGGGUCCGAAGGCCCGUCGGUUGGCCCAAUGAGAGGCUGCUUCUCCUUCUCCUCCUCGUCCUUCUUCAAGGGGGGAGAUGUAAAAACAAAAGAGAGGUGGCGUUGUAAAUGAUUUUGCCAAAAAUUGGAAUCGUGCCAUUCUUUUGA